AUGGUGGUAGAUAUGCCUAUGGUGGGCGUGCCAGAGGACGCAACAACAAUGGCUACCAAAGAAGUUAUUCCACUGCUCCUCCCAUUAUGUUUUCAACCCACGCAUACUGCACGAAAUUGUCCAUCUCUUGGUUCCAAAGCACUCUUUUCAGAUCUUCAAUCUUCAUCCUCUGCGCAUUCCUAUACUCCUCCAAGUAGUCCUCAAUGGUAUGUUGACACUGGAGCCUCUUCACACAUGACACCUACUACUUCAAAUCUCUCUUCCAUUCAACCUUAUAAUGGUAAUGAUAGUGUUAUGGUGGGUAAUGGUAAUCAGCUCCCAAUCUCUUAUACUGGUAAUGGUAAUUUCUCUACGCAUUCUUUUACCUUUUCUCUCAAAAAUAUUUUAGUUGUUCCUACUCUUUCUUGUAAUUUAUUAAGUGUUCGUAAAUUCACUUCUGAUAAUAAUUGUUCGAUUGACUUUGAUGCCUUUGGAUUUUCUAUUAAGGACUACAAGACGAAGAGAAUUCUUCUCAGGUGCAAUAGUUUGGGUCCUCUUUAUUCAUUCUCUCCAUCUACUCCUGGAAUUGCUGCUCAUCAAGCUUUUGUUGUCUCAUAUGCUUCUCCAACUCUGUGGCAUCGUCGUCUAGGCCAUCCUAGUUUAGCUGUUCUUUCUAAUUUAGUUAGAAGCAAUAAUUUGCAAUGUUCUUUAGCAAAAGCGAUUGGAUUUUCUUUGUAA